UAUGUUGUACAGGGCUUACUCAUCUCCUCUUCUGUUGUAAAAAUUGUGAAUGAUCCACAUAGGUACGCAAAGCAAUUAAGCAACCCCUAAAACAGAAGUAAACAUGGAGAUUAACCACAGUAAAGAAGAAGUGAAGAAUAUAGUUAAGAUAGAGCACAAUAAAAAGUGGCUAGAUAAUUGGAUAAAGGAAACAAUGGAGUAUUACAAAGUCCAGAGGAGAGAAGGUGUAAUGAGAGGAGGCAAUAGAAAUAGGACGGAAUAAGACAUUAUUACUAGAAUGAGAUUAGGACAUACAUAUCUAAACAGUUCAUUGAAAUUGAUAGGGAAACAUAAUACAGGCUGUGUGACUCUUACCAUCAGAUAGAAAGUGUAAGACAUGUUUUAAUACAAUGUAGGAAAUACAAUAGAGAAAGGGAAAUACAUUAGCGAAAGAGAAGGUUACGUUAGUAGUGGACGAUAUUUAAGGAUUGCACUCAGAACACGUAGAAUACAUAGCAUUAUAUAAAAAAUAUAUAUUGUUCAAACUGGGUUAAAUAAAAGACUUUAAAGUAGGGUUCCAUCUCGUCCACACUCCAUAUCAGAAGGUGGCGGUAACGCAAAGCAGAAGGUUGCAUGCCAACCGCCAUUAAACCAAGAAGAAGAAGAAGCGUACGUGACAGCAAAAUAUCUCAACUCUUUUACGGGUUUUCUGCCUAAACAUGAUGGAUGUUACCCGGUUUCUCCGAAGCCAAAAGGUCAAGCUGAUAGAAAUUCUCAGCGCGGAUGCUGACUUUGUUGUGCAGCACGCAGACUCUCGUUCUCUGCUGUCUCCCGCCGGAUACGAGCAGGUGCAAGCGUGCAGAAUUUCAAGUGAGAAAGUGGUGCAGCUCCUUGAUCACAUCAUCAAGAGAGGGCCUGUGUCAGCACGGGGUCUGCUGGAGUUACUGAAGGAGCCACCGCUGCAAGAAACGUUCCCGAUGCUGGACUGUUUGAAGAAUCAGCAAGUCGACUCAUUGGCGUGCGAUACCCAGAGAAAAAGAAAGUUUGUUCCUGAUGUUAAACAUGAGACUAUUACACACAAUAAAAUGUGCAAGAACGAAGAUUCUCCCAUCGUGUCGGAAAGGCAGCUGAUGAUCGUCGCAUGCGGGAUGGGAAGAUCUUGGAGAGAAAUCGGCAGGCUGGCUUUGGAAAUCCCCACGGUGAAGCUGGAGCAGAUCGAAGAGGACCAUUCCAUCCUUAAGGAGCGUGCGUUUGCAAUGCUAAACUAUUGGAGGAUAUGCCAGAGGAAAAAGGCCACUGCCGCUUACCUGCACUCCCUGCUUAGUCAAAACGACUGGGCACUGCCUCCUGAGAGAAUUGACUUUCUGUUAGAGACCAACUGAGGCAUUUUUAAACAUUCCUUUUCAUAGGAAACUUUGGGUAUGAUGCCUCCCUACUUUUCACAUUCAACAAUUAUGGUGAUAUCUUCUACGAGCCUCAACAUAAAUCCAAUAACGGGCAGUGAAAUUUAAUUUUAAACUUUUCAACCCUAUUUCCAAGUCUGCCUUUUGGAAGAUAUAAUGCUCAGUUUUUAAUCAUAAGAAAUGGUCUUGAUAAUAAUCAAUAUUAUUAUAUAUAUAUAUAUAUAUAUACAUAUACUAAUGUGUGUGAAUGUUGUCUGUGUUGGCCCUGCGAUGAGGUGGCGACUUGUCUAGGGUGCAGCCUGCCUUCCGCCCAAGUGCAGCUGGGAUAGGCUUCAGCACCCCCUGCGAUUCCGAGAGGAAAAAGCGGUAGAAAAUGGAUGGUGUUUCUAAAUAUUUAUUUUACAAUAGUAUUUGUAUAACUGUCAAGGAUGUUCUCCAAGGAAAAGCACAUUUUGUUUAUUUAAAAUCUUGACAAAAAAAAAAAAACGUCUAUACAUUAGGUGUAAUAAACCCACUGAAAAAAAGCGAGCAGUUGAUACCUCAUUAUCAGUGUGUAAUACAAUAGAUUAAACUAAUUGAAAAUAGCGAACAUAUACAGUCGCGAUCAAAAGUUUACA